GUGGCGAGCAUCGUGGUGAAGCGGCGCGGCCCCAAGACGGCGCCCGCCGCGCUGCCCGCCCCCGUCGCCGUGGCCUCCGCCCCCGUCACCUUCGUCGACGACGCUCCUGCCCCCGCGCCGGGCAAGGACCAGGGCCAGGGCCCCGCCUCCGACUCGCUUGUCAAGGACCACGAGGAGCUCCCGAACAAGGAGCGCGCGGGCAAGCGCCUGGGCGGCGCCGGGGCCGGGGCCGGGGCAGGGUCGGCAGCGGUGCCGGCGCCAGUGGCCGUGCGCUCGGACGCCGUGUGGGUGAAGGGCGCGGGCGCCGCCUCCAAGAAGUCGCGCGGCCUCAUCUCGGUGGGGCGCGACGGCGUGCCCGUGGUGACGGGCGUGCGCGUGCCCGACGACGAGGCGGACCGCACGCGCACGUGGCGCAACGCG